AUGUAUGCGACUAUACUAAUUUUCUCAGUGGCGAUAGUUUUCGCUACUUCUGCUCCAGUGAACGAAAAUGCGCAAGCGCAAAUACUCAGUUACAAAUUCACCAAUGACGGAAGUGGAAAUUACGAGUUCAGUUAUGAGACAUCAAACGGGCUAAGGAGAGAAGAGACAGGGGAAGUGGUCUAUGUAGGCAGAGAAGAUGAACAUAUUGUGGUCCGAGGGAUCUACUCCUACAUCGACGCUGAUGGUAAACCUCAAAUUGUACAGUACUCCGCUGACAAAAAAGGAUAUGAGACAACACCUUUCACUCGCUUUCAUUCAAAGGAGCCAGGUCCAGGUAUUAUGGCACGUCAACCUUUUGAGGUCGUAGCAUCAUUGUUAGGAGGAUAAAUAGGCGAAACUUUAUGUUUCGUACCCUGCCUGACCUGCACGUUACACAACGCAACAUAAAUUCCAACAUG